ACACUACGGUGGACCACGCGACUCCAUAGCGCAUGGUGGCACCGCCGACGCAAAAUGACUAAUCCGCAUAUAAAAGGCUCAUCGUAGCUACACAACUAUCCAGGAAUGACUUUCAGCAAAAGAGAAAGCGGUUGCUGCCUCAAUCUGCUUUAUUUGAGUUGACAUAUGAUAUUGGAUCUAUAAGACUGAGAAGAGCGAAUAUUAGUUCUUGAACGUGCGGAAACCCUUCCAGCCUGAGCAGGGUGCGGGUACUUAGAUGUCACGAUGCCUGUAGUUAAUUUGGAAGAUCUUGUCCGCCUUCAACAGAAGGCGGAAGACGUUAGAAAUAUAUGCAUCCUUGCACAUGUCGACCACGGAAAGACGUCCUUGACGGACAGUCUGAUUGCUACAAAUGGCAUCAUUUCGCCGAAGAUGGCGGGGAAAAUACGUUAUCUGGACUCCCGCCCAGAUGAGCAGAUACGAGGAAUCACGAUGGAGUCGUCUGCAAUAUCACUUUAUUUUUCUAUGCUGAGAAGGGCUUCCAAAGACGCAGAUCCCGAACAGAAAGAAUACUUGAUCAAUUUAAUUGACUCUCCUGGCCAUAUCGACUUCAGUAGCGAGGUUUCCACGGCUUCUCGGCUAUGUGACGGUGCACUUGUUUUAGUAGAUGCUGUUGAGGGUGUUUGCAGUCAGACCGUUACUGUGCUGCGACACACAUGGGUUGAGCAUCUGAAGCCGAUCCUGGUUAUCAACAAGCUAGAUCGACUGGUUACAGAAUUGAAAAUGACCCCCGGGGAAGCAUACUUACACCUCAGCAAAGUGCUUGAGCAAGUAAAUGCUGUCAUUGGAAGCUUCUACCAAGGAGAACGUAUGGAGGAAGACUUGCAGUGGCGGGAGAGAAUGGAAGAACGAGUAAACGCAGCUACUAGCAAGGAGAAUGGCCGGACGAUACAACGGGCGGAUGACAUGGCUGAUACAGCCUCGCAAGCCGAUUCAACUGAAGGUCAAUUCGAAGAGCGUGGUGAUGAGGAUCUUUAUUUUGCCCCAGAAAAAAACAAUGUCAUUUUCUGCAGCGCAACCGACGGGUGGGCGUUCACCAUACGGCAAUUUGCUGGCCUGUAUGAGAAAAAGCUUGGAUUUAAAAGAUCCCUUUUGGAAAAAGUACUGUGGGGCGAUUUCUAUCUUGACCCGAAAAGCAAACGAGUCAUUGGGCAAAAACAUCUAAAGGGGCGACAUUUGAAGCCUUUGUUUGUUCAACUGGUUCUGGAAACUAUAUGGGCAGUUUACAAUGCGACGACAGGUGGUGGGCAAGAAAAAGGUGAUCCUGCACUUCUGGAAAAAAUAACCAAAUCACUCGGAAUUAGUCUACCUGCGCAUGUGUUGCGCUCACGGGAUCCAAGGAACAUCCUCAUGGCCGUAUUUGCGUCGUGGCUUCCCCUAUCUAUAGCAGUUCUGGUGUCUGUGGUCGAAUACCUUCCCAGUCCCCCAGUCGCUCAAGCAGCUAGGCUUCCAAGCAUGAUUGAGAACUCCCCGGGUUCUGAGGCAAUUAGUCCCAAUAUUCGCGACGCGAUGGUAAACUUUAAAGCAGGAAAAGAUGACCCUGUUGUGGCAUACGUCAGCAAAAUGGUUUCAAUACCUGAAAGUGAACUUCCCCAAAAUACGCGGCGACCUGGAGGUAUGUUAAGUGCAGAGGAAGCGCGGGAGCUGGCACAAAAGAAACGAGAGGAGAUAGCAAGAUUACAGGCCCAGAGCAAUGAAGGCCAAGACACAGAUAGCUUCGCCCACGCAACAUCCGCUCUCGAGAAUGCGAGCGUGGAAGAUAGUGGUCCGACUACAGUUGAAGAGAAGGAAGAUCCAGAGCACCUCAUUGGCUUUGCACGCCUCUAUUCCGGCAGGCUUUCAGUUGGAGAUUCUAUCUAUGUCAUACCCCCCAAAUUCUCUCCAUCACACCCCCAUGCAUCACCUACGCCACAAAAGGUGGAAGUAAAAGCGCUUUACUUGUUUAUGGGACGAAACCUAGAAAGCUUGCAGAGUGUUCCUGCCGGUGUUGUCUUUGGUAUCGCUGGUAUGGAAGGCCAUGUCCUCAAAACUGGAACGCUGUGCAGUCAGCUCGAGGGAGCCGUGAACCUAGCAGGAGUAACGUUGUCUAGUCCUCCUAUUGUUCGCGUUGCUCUCGAACCUGUCAACCCCUCAGAUUUGAAUAAGAUGAUCAAUGGCCUGAAGCUGCUGGAAAAGAGCGAUCCUUGUGCGGUGUACGAAGUUCUUCCAAGUGGAGAGCACGUUAUUCUCACUGCUGGGGAACUUCAUCUCGAGCGAUGCCUUAAAGAUUUACGGGAGCGGUUUGCCAAAUGCGAAAUCCAAGCCGGAGAAGCAAUAGUGCCAUAUCGCGAAACUAUAAUAAAUGCGCCAGAGAUGUCACCUCCAAAGAACCCCGACCUGCCCCGAGGGACAGUUCUCAAUGUUUCAGCAUCAAAGCAACUAACUAUCCAGUUAAGAAUUCUGCCGCUACCUGCGGGAGUCACCGAGUUCUUAACCAAACAUGCAGCUACGAUCAAACGAUUCUACGCAGAAAGAAGGACAGGAGCUCAUGAGACCAUGCAAGCAAACAACGAGCACAGCGACAUAGAUGACGAAGGUGAUAUCGGUAGUGGUGAGACGGUUGCUUCGAAGAUUCUUUCACUUGAAGAAUUCAAGAGAGAGCUACAGAGUGCUUUCGAUCAAUCCAAAGACGAGAAAGAUGCCUGGAAGGAUGUCGUGAAUAGAAUCGUCGAGUUUGGCCCGAGACGGAUAGGUCCCAAUAUCCUCGUCGACUCCACAUCAACAGGCUCAUGUGACAAACUACUCCUUGACAACGCAAACGAAAGCCCCCAAGAUCAAGCAGCAAUAGAAACAGGCUCACAAACCUCAGCAGAUCACCAGCGACGAAGCAUGGGCCUAUUUUCCGACAAAAUCUCCUAUGCAUUCCAACUCUCCACUGCCCAGGGCCCUCUCUGCAGCGAGCCUAUCCAGGGCAUUGCGGUCUUGAUCGAGGACGUUUCCGUCACUAAGACUGGAGAGGAAGAGCUGGGCCGUCUUACCGGUGAAGUGAUAAAAUCCACGCGAGACGCAGUCUGGCAAGGUUUCCUCGAUUGGAGCCCCCGACUACUCUUAGCUAUGUAUAGUUGCGAGAUCCAAGCAUCCACCGAAGUGCUGGGCCGCGUCUACGGCGUCAUAACCCGACGACGAGGCCGCAUCCUCUCGGAAACAAUGAAAGAAGGCACCCCCUUCUUCACCAUCCUCUCCCUCCUCCCCGUCGCUGAAUCCUUCGGCUUUUCCGACGAGAUCCGCAAGCGCACCUCCGGCGCCGCCUCGCCGCAGCUUAUCUUCGCCGGUUUCGAAAUGCUAGACGAGGAUCCGUUCUGGGUGCCGGCGACUGAGGAAGAACUGGAAGAUCUGGGCGAGUUGGCGGAUCGCGAGAAUGUGGCGAAGAGGUAUAUGGAUCGGGUGAGGAGUAGGAAGGGGUUGGUUGUCAAGGGGAAGAAAUUGGUGAAGGAUGCAGAGAAGCAGAAGACGUUGAAGAGGUGAGUGGGGUCGGUCUGGGGGUUAGUAGAGUAUGGAACGUAGGACUGGAGUGAUUGCGUUGGGUUUAUCAUAGUGGGUUGGUUACCUUGGCUGGAGUUUUAUGGUUGUAGUUUGAUUUUGGAUUCUGCGUUUUUAAAAGUUGUUGCAUAUUAAAGGCUUUGGGAAAAAAGAUAAAUAGAAAAUAAAACAAUAAAAGCAAAAAAAAAAAAAAGAGAGAGAGAGAGGGAGAGAGAGAGAAAUAUGAAGAGAAAAUUCCUCCUCUUCUGGAAUUAUGUCUUAUGGGUCCUUGAUCCCUUUUUUAAAAAAUUGGUGUCUGGCAUGUCUGUUCAUUAGGCUUUCCGUGCUAUGUUUCUCCUCAGCACAAAGUUACGAGUAUUUGUAUUAUUUGUAGAUAUACUGCAGCACCCAGUAGUUGAUUCUUGCCUAUCAUGCCAUGGUAUUCUAAAAGCCCACCGUCUUGUGCCAGACAACAAAGUCUUUCCACCCGUCCAUUCACCUGCGUUCAUCAUAAAGAGAAAAAAGAAACGAGAUUAUAGUGUAAACCCAAGCGGGAGGAUAACUUAACUACUCCAACCUCCAUCGCCCAACCAAUAGCCCAACCACCACCCAAAACCCCGAUAAAUAUAAUAUAAAAAAAUAAAGAAAAUAAGUCCGCCUUUUAAUACGGCCUCGCGACCUUCCUCGCCUCCCUCCUCCCACUCUUCCCAUCAACCAUCUCCCUCCAACUAACCGGCACAAGCACAUUCCCCUCCUCACUCCGCCCCAUCACAACGCCCAACUCAUUCCUCGCCGUCGAGCAGUAAUAGAAGCUCUGAUCGCCUAGCGAAAUCACCACGGCCCGCACAAUGUCGCCGACGCGGAACAUCUCGUCCAUCACGACGCGGUCCUUCUCGACGGCGCGCACGUCUUCCUUGCGGAUUAGUGCUUGGAAGCGGAGGUCAUCGGCAUUGAGGGGGUCGGCAUUUGUGGUGGAGAGGAGGGAGGCGGGGAGGUCGUUGACGGCGGUAGUUGUGGGGUAGGGGGAGGAGGGGUUAUCGUCGAGGACGACGAGGAUGGAGAGGGUUGCUUGGCGCUUUUGGACGCGGGUGACGCGGGCGAGGACGAUGGAGCCGACGGCGGGGAGGGUGUUGUAUUUGUGUUUUAUGGGUCUUUUUGUUGUUGGUGUUGGAAGUGGGGAGGUAUUUACUGGAGGUUUUUGUGCCUGCGGCGUGCGGCUUAUACUGCUCCCACUCUUACUACUAUUAUUACUAUUAUUACCAGUCAUAGCUCCAUAGGCCCCCCCUUCAAGCGUCUGCGCAAACGAGCGCGCGACCAUCACAAGUGUCCUUUGUUGUUGCUGUUGUUGUGCUUGUUGUUUCUGCAAUUGCUGUCUCGACUCCUCUUCCUCCCCCCCCUUCUGUAAAACGACGGGGCCGGCAAUCGAGGCGCAGACGAAGGCAUCCUGGAUGUGAGUUCCCGGGCCUGGAAUGAACGAUGAGGCAGGGCCCAAUCGCUGGCCGGGGACAGCGAUUGACGGGAGGGAGAUCGCCAUCUAAAUUGCUUUCUUGCACUUUAGGUAUGUGGGUAGGGUAGGGUAGGUUGUGGAUCUAAAUGUUUGUUCACAGUGAAGGGGGACAAUCGGUAGGUAGGCUGAAGUCCGCAGCGGGUGGGUGCGAAUGAUCGGGUGUGAUGAGUGGGAUGCAACCCCUUUGCCAGUUGACGGGAGGCUUUUCUUAAGGUAGGGAUAUGGGCAGUUGGGUAAAAGCUCCAGUGGACGUUCUCACAAGCUUGAGGUGAAGGUUAAAUUUUAGAUUGUCAUCAAGGCGAUUUUGAUAUUAUUUAAUAGGGCGAAACAUCUGGCGGUGUUGCCACAGCAAUCACCUCAGCCACCUGUAACUACGGAGUACAAAGCCUCUCUUGGAAAUGAACUUGAAUAGAAAAG